AUCUCACCGACUCACUCAGCAUCUAGUAAAAGCACCACCAAAUUAUUAAACCAUCCUUUGACUUUUGUACGCAAAAGCUAUGGCUAGCCCUAAGGUGGUUUGUGUUUUCUUAAUGUGCAUAGUGCUGGCCGCACCCUUGAUCACUGGAGCAGCACUCACAUGUGGCCAGAUUAAAGUCGGUCUUGCGCCUUGCCUGGCCUACCUCCAGAAUGGUGGCUCCCCCACUCCAGGCUGCUGCAGGGGCAUCAAAGGCCUGGUCAGCUCAGCCACCACAGCUGAUCGACAGAAUGCUUGCAACUGCUUGAAAACAGUUGCUGCCCAAAUCAAAACUAUUAAACAAGCCAACGCGGCUAAACUCCCUUCCUUAUGUGGCGCCAACAUUCCCUACAAGAUCAGCACCUCUACUAACUGCGCCAGUGUGAAGUGAAGAUCAGGUCGAUCUGGAUGAGCAUCUAGCUAGAUAAUAGAAUAUGAUAGUAGUAGGUAGCUAGUCUACCUUAAGAAUAAGGGAUGAGUAUUGAGUUGUUUUGAGCUCUUUCACCUUUAUUGCAUGUCACCGAUAUCAGUUAGUUGUCGUUGUAUGUGAUAAUGACUCUGACCAUCUUUAACAAGGCAUCUAUAUAUUCUACUUAAAUAUUU